UCAAUCGUUUCUAGAAAGUCCCUAAGCCAACCGGCUUGCUGUAGUGUUAAGAGGCACAUCUGCACACUCACAUCCAGAAAGGGGCUCUGUGCUCUGCAUCCAGCACAGAGGGAGCCCAGACACUUUCAAUGGAGGAGCAGCCUGGGCAGCACCAUCACCAUUCUCCUUCCUCUCACAGCUACUAUUACUAUUGUACACAAGGCCAGCAGCAGUACCACCACAAUUACCAGCAGACCCCCAAACUGCAGCAUGGAGCAGAAGGCAGCGCCAAACCCCAGUCCAAGCCUCUGAAACAUGAACAGAAACACGCCCUACAGCACCAGGAAACACACCAGAAGAAAACAGGACAUGGAGAGCUAAAUGGUACAGCAGGAGAAAGAUACCCACCUCCAAAGACCCUGGGCUCCGACAAAGCUGCAAACCAGACUGCUUCUAGGGUAUCCAACGGCAACCAGCAAGUUGUUGUUGAUACAAACAUCAAUCCCAAGCAGCAAGUAAAAGCCCACAAUUUUGGAAAAGCGGGAAGUAAAACUAAAACUCUUCUCCAUAAAAACAGUAUGGACAAAAAGAAUGAAAAGUCUUAUGAAAGCAAAACGAAAGAUACUAAAUGCACAGAUAAGGGCGAGGUAGGGCCAUUUCAAAAUGGUUUGCUGGCAAACAACUCUGGAUAUAUAACUAACGGUUAUGUGUCCAAAUGUGCAGAAAAUGAUGGUAGUGGCUCUGAAAGUGGAUAUGCUACUCCCAAGAAGAGGAAAGAUAGGUGCAACAAUGUCAAGGGUGCUGGGGGUUUCAACUCUGUAAUGGACAAAACUACGGACACUGAUGUCAAGCUGGAAUCUGAGAGUUCCAAACCAGAUCCACUUGUAGACCAGAAGGGAGGAGGCAGAAUGGAUAAUGCUAAAGCCUCCUGGAAAUGUGAUUCUGGUAUGACUGGUGCAAGCAGGGGUAAACCAAACUCUGCAGAUGUACAGAGGAAAAACUCUGAUGUUAAACCCUUAGGAAGCAAAAAGUUUGAUGACAGGCCUAAGGGGAAAGUCUCCCCAGCUGCCUCUUCAAAGGAGGAUUCUUGGACUUUAUUUAAACCACCUCCCGCUUUCCCAGUGGACAACAGUAGUGCUAAAAUCGUUCCCAAAAUAAGUUAUGCAAGCAAAGUUAAAGAAAACCUCAACAAGGCAGCCCAGAACAAUUCUGCUUCAUCUUCACUAGCCUUCUCUCCAGUGGCUGGUGAAGUAAUAAAUUUGAACUGCGUUUCCCAAGUCCCCAUGUCUGCUAUGAAAUCUGUAUCAACAGUUAACUUUCCCAAUGGUCCCCUUUUAGCAGGAGCCGAUUUGAGUUCAUAUCUCCCUGCUAUCCAGCCUCUCUUGGCUACUGCUGCUAGUACUGUAUCACACACACUGCCUGGGGGAGCAGAGUCUUUCCCUACAGAAGCAGCUUCUGCCCUAACCCCUUGUGAUCAAAAGAAAUCUAGCCUUUUUAUGUACCCUUCAAAUAUGCAACAAACACUGCCGACCACAACACAGGGAGAUCUGUCUGGUCAGGCAAAUCAACACAGUCUAGGAGAAAUAUUUCAGAACCAAUGGGGAUUAUCUUUCAUAAACGAGCCUAGUGCUGGCCCAGAGGCAGGAGUGGCUAAACCUACCUGUGGGCAAAUUACCUGGGAGGGCGCCAUUACAUCGGUUUCACAGGGUGCUGAAGUAGUUGCCUCAGGAAAUGAACGCCCAGUUUUCCCCAAGGCCUAUGAGCUGGAGAAACGGACUAGCCCUCAGGUUCCAGAUGGUGCUUCUCUGAAAGUGGCUCAUGGGUCUGGGGUAGAGUGUACUGGGUUAUCCUCAGAGCCACAGCAAAUAGUUGAGCUGCAAAAGACUGAUUCUAGCCAGGUUUCUUUAGUGUUUCAAGCUAAGGUUUACGAGAUGGAAGUUCCUCCUCGGACCUCUUUGACAAACACUUUACAGACCUCCGCCAAAGAUAAGAGGUACCUCGGAGGCCUUGAAUGGGGUUCUAAUGACCUGAAGGCUGCUAUUCUAUAUCACACUAAAGAAAUGGAAUCUAUUUUCAUCUUACAAAAACAAGAUUCCAGUAGAAUAAUAACUUAUAAUGAAGCCAUGGACCGCCCUGAUCAUUGAGAAAGCUACUGGGACUUUUGGCUUUACAUUUCCUACAGCAUUUCAUCUGUGCAUGAAAGACAUUAACAAGCUAUCAUGCCCUUUUCAAAAUCUUCAGUGCAACUGCAGAAGAAAGAUAAAUAGAUUCAAUGGAUAGAAUUAUAUAAAUAUAUAUAUAUAUAUGUGAUAUAUAUAUAUUUUGUUUAGAUAACUAUGUAUAGACAAAUCUAUAUCUAUAUAAAAAUAUAUAUAUAUAGUUAUUUAAACAAAUUUUAAAAUAAGUGACAGUGCUAUUCAAACACUUAGAUCAAAUCAGGAAAAAAAUAUUUUCCAGAAAAUAAGAAAACAAUUAUUUAAUCGCUGGUACAAAAUAUUUUUCCAUCGUUGACACCUACUUGUUUUUUUGUUUUGUUUUUCUCCCCCUCCUUCCCUAGGUUCUUUUAUUGCCUCUUCCUUACUCCUCCUCUAUUUCCAUGUUUACCUUUUCACUAUAUAUAUAUAUUUGUUUUUAUCGCUGCGUUCAACAGAGAGGACUGACUGGAAGCAUGACACGGUUGUUUUGGUCAUCUUGUUACUUUGCCUGUAAAUUUCAAAGGAACCGCGGUGACAAAAAUAAUGCUUGUCUACAUUUUUGCCAACAAGGAUAAAGGCUUACAAAGGAUUAUUUUGAAAAAAAAUCAUGCUGCUCCACACUUUAGUCCCAUUUUGUUCGUAUAUUUACAUUAAUGGCCUCUGUGUGUGAAACUUAUCCCUGCAAAAAUGGCAGAAACAAAUGGACAGUUUUCUAGCUUCUCAUUAAUGCAGUAUAUAUAUAUAUAUAUAUAUAUAUAUAUAUAUAUAUAUAUAUAUAUAUAUAUAUAUAUAUAUAUAUAUAUAUAUAUAUAAUCAUACACACAAUGAUUUUCUUUAAUACUCCAGUCAGUUUCCUUGUCAGGUCAGGGUUUGCAAUGUAACAAACGAUCCAAGAAGGAGAAAUGGAGGGUCAAAUUAAAACAAAUAAGUGGUCUUAAUCCUUAAUACCCCCCAUUUUUUUUCUCUUACAUUGAGUUUUUUCAUGUCUGUAUAUUUCCUAAAAGUAGGUUUUGUUUUCUAUAUCCAUUGGAUUUUUUCCUCCCUAUUGAAAAAAUUGAAGAAACAGUUAAAUUUAAAAAAAAUACAAAAAAAAAAAACACAAAAAAAAAAAAAAAUAGCCAAACGCAAAACAAAGUAAUCUAUUUAGGCAUUUAAUAUAUUUAAAAAGAGAUGUUAAAAAACGAAAAGGAAAAAAAAUGGAAAAAAUUACAAAAAAAAAAAAAAAAGAUAAAACGUUCCCGUGAUUUGAUGUCAUUGUAACUAAAGGGGAGCAAAUUGAACGAAGCUGCUCAGGACUAUGCAGCUUCAUACAGUAUAUUUCUGUUACCUAAUCUUUUUAUUGAUUUUAAUUUUUCAUUUUCUAUGCUGGAUUGGUUAUUGACUAAUUCAAAUCAGCUUCCUGUUGUAAACCCAGCUCUUUUUUUUUUUUUAAGGACAUUUUUCUUAGUCUUUUUUGGAAAAAUUCAACCCCUUUCAUUGUUUGGACAUGCUUGCACUGUAUAAGGGACGUUACUCUAGCAAUAAAGAUAUUGACCCUUUUCAUGGCAGUGUGGCCAGCAAUGUAUUGAAUAAUAGGGCAGAGCAAUGUAUGCACAUGGUUAGAGAGUUUUAUUACACCUAUACAAACAAUUCUUAUUUUGUUGUGUUCCCCUCUUAUUCUACCAGGCUUCCACCUAGUUGGUGGCUGCAUGAGUGCAACUGUAAAGACACUAUUAAAUUGAAUGGUGCUAUAUAAAUAGAACAUAUUACUGUCUUAGUCAUUUUGCAGGCCCCUCCAGAAAAUAAAGGGGUUAAUCUCUUUGGUUGCAGAAAGUCCCUUCAAUGUUUUUUCAUACUGAAGACUUCUGUUCAUUUCUUUGGGGCCAGCAUUGUAUUGAUGAACAAUAUUAUGCUGGUGUCUUUAGAAAUAGGUAAAUGUAAUCUUUUGACAAUGUUAGAUUUGUAUCUGAUUUUAACCAAUACGAGUUUUUGGUUUUCAAGGAAGCCAACAACAUGUCCUUUACACUUGGGUACAAACACCCAUUUUACCACUGCAAACAUGCUAAAUAUUUGUAUGUAAUGGUGUGUUUCACUGUAGCUCUUAUUUGCUGGCAAUACUGCAUAAGCUUCUGGUAUUCUUUGUUUACCAACUGUUCUACAUGUUCAUUUUAUAAAACUGGUUGUCUCCCCACUGAAAGUAUAAAUUAACUAUAGGGCACCUGCCUUUUUAUUUUAUUUAUAGCAACAGUAUACUGUAAAUAUGGCUUCUCCUUAAUGUCGUUCGACUGAUUAUACCACAGAGAUAGCAUACAAUGUAUAGAAAAUUCCUGCUUUAUGUUUAUUUUUAUAUAUGUAAUAGCAGUUUUUGUGUUAACACAAAAUCCAUUCAUAUUGUCUGAGCAGACCAGCUUAUCUUUUAUUUUCUUAAAACAAAGGUCUCCUUCGCUUAUCUCCGUUUAAACAAAAUGAAAAUACUUCGAGAAACUGAAACUUAACUUUUUAAUACCUAUCCCUUCAUACCCCAUGUUGGGAGUGUAAUUUCUACUUCUUGUUCACCUAGCAUUUCUAUCACCAUUACUGUUGUACUAACAUUUUUAUUAUAGGUGCCAGUUUAGGCAGGGAAAAGCAGCUAUUUCAAAUGAUAAAAUAAAGAUUAAUUAGCUAUUUGUAAACAAUUUAAGACACUCCAGCAAGUAAAAUGGAUAAAUGAGAACACAUUAAAGAGGAGACAAUUCUACAGUACACUGUUCCUUUAAGAUUUCACUGGGAGUCUGCAAUGUGAUGAUUUUGUUGUCCUUUUUCACAUACAACAAACAUAUUUACAAAUAUGCUUGUUUAUGGCCCUCUUCGUGAAAGAGUUAAUGCUGCAGUGUUAGUUCUUAUAUUUAAUAAUGACUUUUAUUUCAAAUAGAUUUCUAUUUUAAUUAUGAAAGCAGCGCCUACUUAAUUUUAGUAGAAUUAUGUUAAUGAGGUAUUCCUCUAUUAUACUACAUAAAAGUCCCAAAGUCCAUCAUGGUUUUUUUUUUUUUUUUUUUUUUGCACAAUCUAAACGAUUUUUCUGCUGUUAUUUACAGCUGUGAUGCUAUCGUAUUAAAGAAAGUGUUAUAAAGUUAAAUACAUCACAAAAUAAAGACAGUUUUAAUAAAAUUGGUUAUUGCUGAUUUUGCAUUUUUAGGAUAAUUGUUAAAGAUGUUCAUUUUUUUGGAAGGACUUGUACAAAUGUAUUUUAAUAAGGCAUACCUUGACUUACAUACAAUGUGUUAAUGUGCCUUAUAUAUUAACUAAAUAUUAUUUCUAACUACUCACAUUUGUUGCUUUUUAAUUUGGAUAUUAACAUUUCUUAGUAGCUGGAACCUUGCAGCAGUUUGUUAUGGACAAUGUCUAUAAGCACUUAUGACCACAAAGAGAUUUGCUUCAAGAUUCCAUCUCACCUAGGACGUGUUUAAAUGUCUACUGUUGACAGAAAAUGAAAAUCACUACCAUAACAAAACAAAAGUUAUAGUAUAGUACAUUAUUUGUAUAUGGGUUUAGAAUGUCUGUGUCUCCCUAAAGGUAGAAAUCUUUCUUUUGUCUUCAAUUACAUAAGUCUACACUUUCAGAAAAAAAUAACAGAAUACAGAACGAUUUGGUAUUGUGCAUUUAAAAAAGCACAAUUACAGACACACUUGAGCACAAAGUACGCUGGGGCUUUAUAUGACCAGCUUACUUUUUUGAGCAACUAUGUCAUGUUAUAGUAAAAAAGAGCAUACAUGGCUUCUGAUUGAGGUGUACACAUUUGUGCACACAAUUGACAGGCAGGCUUGCAAAAAAAAAGACCAAACCACUAAAGUACAUUUUUAACCAGCUAUUUCAAAGUUUCUUUAAAAUGUGCUGGGAUCAUAUCUUGUGUUGGCAAGUCCAUUUAGUACUACAAAAGAGUGUUUAGCAUGACAAAAAAAACAAUAAAUUAUAGGAUAGAAGACUUGCAUCUAAUGUCAGCACAAGUGUUUUAGAGUUCAGUUUGAUUUUGUGUAGCCAACUAUUUACAGGGGCAGAUAAACCCAUUUCUUAUUGUGACCGAAGAAUUUGUAUAUCUGGUUGCUCAAAUAUUUAAAAAAAGAAAACAGAUUGGUUUCUAGACUGUUGAUUUCUUUUCUUUCUGUUUUUUGGUAAAAAAAAGUCUUAAUUUUGUGUUCAAUAUAGCUAUGUGAUAGAAACUCUGUGUCUUCCAUGUCCUACAAGUUAGGAAAAAUGUGGCCAAUAUUUUUUUUUUCUUCCCACAUGUAAUGGUAUAAAGUUCUGUCAUUAAAUCAUAUUUUAAAUAAUGACCACAUAAUUAAUUAGAAUUUUGACAGUUUCUAAAUGUUAUUGGUACCACUUUUCUAUUAUUUAUAAGUUUCAGACAUUUUAACUUUAAAUUAAUAAAGCAAAAAUUGUCCUAAGAA